GAUACCUUCGGCCAAUCAGGACCGUGGCAUGUAAAUGACCAGUGGACGGUGUGUACACUGAGCAGGAGAACGUGUAGAUGUGCGGCGGUGAAGAAUCAUAGCGGACUCUCUGCGAUCCUGGUCAGUGAGUGUCUGUGGCGCAGUGGAUGGUUCGGUGACGGCGCACACACACACCUCACACUGCUCCGUUAUUCAGAUGUGUGUCUCUGUGCUGCCGCAAAGAGGAUAAUUUUAUUUUAUUUUUUUUUUAAUUCCCGGAGUGACGGCGGAAGAGCAACAAGAUGAAAUACAAAAACCUAAUGGCCAAAGCACUGUACGACAAUGUGCCAGAGUCUCCAGAGGAGUUGGCUUUCCGUAAAGGAGACAUCCUGACAGUCAUUGAGCAAAACACAGGAGGCCUGGAAGGCUGGUGGCUCUGCUCACUGCACGGACGCCAAGGCAUCGCUCCUGGGAACAGGCUGAAACUGCUGAUCGGACCCAUGUUCGACUCCCAGUCACCUUCCCCCACUGCAGCUGCAGCUGCUGCCCAGUCUCCUCAAGGCUACCAGCAGAAGGUCGGCUCAGGGUCUCAGGGCCUCUACCAGGUGCCCCCGUCCCUCCACAGUCCACAGCAGCAGAGCAUCUACCAGGUUCCUCCUGGACAAGAUGUCUACCAAGUCCCACCUAGAAGUGGUCUUGCUGCUGAAAACACACCAAGCAAGGUGGUGACCCCGACCAGAGUGGGACAGACCUACACUUACAGUCCAGGCCAACAUAACCAGCAGGACCUCUACGAUGUCCCACCCAGUAGACCACAGGGGGUGUACGAUAUUCCACCUGGUCAGAUGUUCUCUGGUCAGCACGCCGCUGCCAGAAACCAGGGAGUCUACGACGUUCCUCCCUCCCAAAUGGACCACAGGACGCAAGGCGUUUACGACAUACCGUCAUCUUCUCAAGGGGUCUACUCAGUGCCUCCCUGCAGGACCAACCCUGCUCUCCAGGAGGGGAACUAUGACUUCCCCCAGCCCCUCAAACACAAGCAGGAGGGCAUCUACGACGUACCACCGCCUGUACUCACCAAGUCAGCACAGAGCCCCCAGUCGCCUUACGACUUCCUCCCCAGUGCAGAGCCUAAUGCCCAUCACCAACAAACAAAUACCAACACCAAUGAAGGCAUUUACGACGUGCCCCCGCCGGCCCUUCUUUCAGGGGCGGCAUCUCAGAGAGACAUUUACGACAUACCGCGCUGCAAGCAGCCGCUUCUCCACAAAAACUCACUAGCGGACAGAGACGGGAGCAAGGGCAUCUACGACAUCCCUGCUCAGGACGCCCGAGCGGUAGGCGACGUGACAGACGGAGUGAAUCGCCUCUCGAUCUCCAGCACCGGCAGCACACGCAGCAGCAUGUCCACCUCCUCGUCCUCCACGGGCUCCAGCUCAGAGGGCCGCCUGGCUCUGGACGUGGACGCUGCUGUCCAGAGGUUGUACCGCCUGCAGCAGGCUGUGGAGGCCUCCGUGUGGUCUGUGCAGUCAAUGGCAUCUUCCCCUCAGUGGAGGACUUUUCCCUUCAUGGAGCGCCAUGCCAAUGACGUCCACACCGGUCUGGACAGGGUCCGAGCUGCUCUCGGAGACUUUAUUGUGUUUGGUCGAGGGGCCACGGUUAACGCCACCUCUCUGUCGGACUGCAGCGUGCACAGCAAACUCAGACGGCAGCUAGGACGCCUGGAGGACUCGCAGCAGAUCCUCCUGCAAAUCUACCAGAUCCUGGAGAACAGCGGCUGGUCUCUGAACACACUGGCGUCGUCUGGGAAGCACCACAACAAGAGCGACGACCUGGAUCGCUUCAUUAUGGUUUCCAGGACCGUCCCAGACGACACCAAGCAGCUGGGCUCUACGAUAAGCGCCAACGCCGAGCUGCUGUUCCGGCCCUCACACAUGGACGGGUCCUUCUCUAAUAGCAGCACUCCUGAUGAGAACAUGCUCCACCCGCUCACCUCCCCAUCGUCAGACAACGACAACUACAGCGAGCCCACCAAGCCGUUCCCUGUGCCGUCCAACCAGGACAAAGACAACUUGAACAACAGUGAAAAGUGCGUGAAAAGCUGGAUGGAAGAUUACGACUACGUCCACCUGCAGGGCAAAGAGGACUUUGAACGUCAGCAGAAGGAACUGUUGGAGAAAGAAAACAUCAUCAAGCAGAGUCCAGCCCAGCUGGGACAGGAACAAAUCAAUCAGUUCAAGAAGCUGGAGCAGGAAGUGAUCAAACCCGUGGAGAACGACAUUACGCAGUGGACGCCCCACCAACAUCUCCCUGGGACCUCGGACUCCACCUCCGCCCCGUCCCCCUCUGCUCAGGUUUGCGCCCGUGACCGCCAGCUUCUGAGCUUCUACUCAGAGCAGUGCGAGCAGCACUUUGACACGCUCCUCAGCGCCGUUGACGCCUUCUUCGGCUGCGUAAGCACCGGGCAACCGCCUCGCAUCUUUGUGGCGCACAGCAAGUUCGUCAUCCUCAGCGCCCACAAACUGGUCUUCAUCGGCGACACCCUGUCCAGGCAGGCGUCCACUCCAGACGUGGCCAACAGGGUGAUGAACUCCAGCAACGUUCUGUGCGACAUGUUGAAGACUGUGGUGGCGGCCACCAAAACGGCCGCCCUGAACUACCCCAACACGGCCGCCAUCCAGGAAAUGGUGGACAGAGUCACCGAACUCUCACACCACUCGCAGCAGUUCAAGGAGCAGCUGCUGCACAUGGCCAGUUCAUGAUUUUCAAUCUGACCACAGACUCUAUAUGUAAAUGAAUCCAACACAAAUAAAUAUAUACAGCAUAUAAAUAUAUAUAUAUAUAAAUAUCGCUCUCCAUCUUUGCGUCCGUUUCUGAUCUUGUAAAUAGUCCGUUCUGUAAAUAUUUGCUCUAUUUUUGGUGUAGAUUGUUUUAUAUACUGAAUAUAAUGUAUGUAGAUGACGUGUCGCUGUCUCUGUAGGAUCCGUGGUAAUUUCCAUAACAUUCCCGUUGUUUAUCAUGAAGCACCUUAAGAGACGUCUUCAUUUUUUUGGCCUGUAAACCGUGGUUGACGUGUGUUUCUGCUGGUUGUUACGUUGAAGUCGUGUAAGGUACCCUAAUGUCCGUGUGUGGAGAACUUCCACAAAGUAAAAGAUGUUCCUAACCACA